CCUGGAGGGAUAAGAAGGAAGCAUUUUGCCUGGCUGCCGAGCCUAAGCUAGAGACCUGGAAAUGAAAGUAAAAAAGACCAAGAGGCACAUGGAGGGAGCUGCGGGGUAGCAGCUCUGGAAACAGAAUGCUGCCUCCUGUAAUUAAAUAACAAUUACUAGUAUUAUUACGAAUAGUAAUAAUACACUAAUAAUAUACCUAGUAAUACAAUACAAUUUAUCGAGGAGAGUUUAUUACAGUGGAGGGAGAAUACCCAAGCAGAGUGACAGUAAUGGAGAGACAAAAAAGGAAAGAAGAGAUAGAGAAGGGACUUCAGUUCAUUCAGUCCACAUUACCCCUCAGCCAAGAAGAUUAUGAGGCCUUUUUGCAAAAGCUGGUGCAAAACUUAUUUGCAGAGGGCAAUGAUUUGUUCAGAGAGAAGGAUUUCAAGCUGGCACUGGUACAGUAUGUGGAAGGGCUGAAUGUGGCUGACUAUGCGGCGUCGGAUGAGGUGACAAUUCCCGUGGAUCUGUUAUGCAAGCUGCAUGUCAAUCGGGCUGCCUGCUACUUUGCCAUGGGCCUGUAUGAGAAGUCUUUGGAAGACAGCGAAAAGGCUUUGGGAUUCAGUAAGGAGAGUAUCCGUGCACUCUUCCGGAAAGCCCGCUGCUUGAAUGAGUUAGGGAGGUACAAGGAAGCAUAUGAAUGUAACAGCCGCUGUCUUCUCUCCCUACCGCAUGAUGAAAGUGUGGCACAGCUUGGCCAGGAACUUGCACAAAAGCUGGGAUUAAGGGUCCGGAAAGCCUAUAAGAGGCCUCAGCAGGAAUUGGAAACGUUCUCUCUGCUCAGUAAUGGCCUGUCGGCCACCUUACCAAGUCAGACAGUUUCCAAUGGAUUGGGCUCCGUAGAUGACAUUGAAACAGAUUGCUCUGUGGGCAUCCAGUGCAUACCUACUCCCAAUGCUGCCUCUCUCCCUAUAAGCGAAGGCUCUGCCUUUUCAUCAUCUGACCUGGACACGCAAGGCACACCAACUUCACUACCGGCCACCACCAUGCUCCCUUCGACUGACACUGUGUCUGUGCCAGGGUCUGAAUGCGUGGAUGAAUUCACGGACGGAGGAGUUCUUGGGGAUGAACUGGACUCAAUCCUGGAUUCUCUUGCAGAUGGGUCACAGUACCCACUAUCUCUGGUCCAAGGUGCCAUCCCCACCAAUCUGCCUAGCGAGAUGCCCCAGCUGAUUCCCGUCUUUCCAGGUGGUACUCCACUGCUCCCCCCUGUGGUGACAGCCAACAUUCCUGUCUCCACUCCACUCCCUCCUGCCUCCUUUGGCCUAGUGAUGGAUGCCACAAAACCGCUCUCCUCCUCAUCUGUUCUGGAAGCCUUUGAAUCACCAGUAGGUGGCAGUGGGAGCUCCCCUUUGGACUCAUUGGAUUCACUAGACCUGCUCCCUUAUGCAGAGUCCCGCCUUGAUGCACUUGAUGCUUUCGGCACUAAUAGGGGAUCGCUGGAUGUGCUGGAUUCCUUUACUGCUGAGGAAACCAGCAUCCAAGAACCACGGCAGCCUGCUUCUAUCCAGAAACCACCACCAGUGGCCAACCACAGUGGGUCAAGUCACACAACUGUUCCCAAAGUGGUAGAGUUGCUGAUGUCCCAGCCAGAGUCAGCAAUGCCCAACACAGCCCUGCUAGUGAAGAAUCCAUUGGCCUCCACCCACAUCUUCAAACAAGCCUGUCACAUCUGCUAUCCCAAAACAGGACUCAAGGCUGGUGAUUAUACCUAUCGAGAGGGUCUAGAACACAAAUGCAAGCGAGAUAUACUGCUGGGCAGACGCCGUAACUCGGAUGAUAAAACUUGGAAGAGAAUCCGGCCACGCCCAACCAAGACCAACUUUGUGGGCUCUUAUUAUCUAUGCAAAGAUAUGCUUAACAAGCAGGACUGUAAGUACGGGGAUAACUGCACCUUCGCGUACCACCAGGAGGAGAUCGACGUGUGGACAGAGGAGCGGAAAGGAACCCUCAAUCGCGACCUCCUCUUCGACCCACUGGGCGGGGUCAAGCGGGGCAGCCUGACCAUUGCCAAGAUCUUGAAGGAACAUCAGGGCAUAUUCACCUUUCUCUGUGAGAUCUGCUUUGACAGCAAACCCCGGAUAAUCAGCAAAGGGACCAAGGACUCUUCGGUCGUGUGCUCCAAUCUCGCAGCAAAACAUGGCUUUUAUGACAAUAAGUGUCUGGUUCACAUUGUUCGCUCCACUUCUCUGAAAUACUCCAAGAUCCGCCAGUUCCAGGAGCACUUUCAGUUUGAUGUGUGCCGGCAUGAAGUGCGUUACGGCUGCCUCCGUGAAGACAGCUGCCACUUUGCUCACAGCUUCAUAGAGCUUAAAGUUUGGUUGCUACAGCAAUACUCUGGAAUGACACAUGAAGAUAUUGUUCAGGAAUCUAAAAAGUAUUGGCAGCAGAUGGAGGCGCAUGCCAGCAAGGCUAACAACACUAUGGCUUCUACUAGGACCCCCACAUCAAAUGCUUUUGAACUUGAAAUGAAAUUUGUUUGUGGCCAGUGUUGGCGAAAUGGUCAGGUGGUAGAACCGGACAAGGACCUCAAGUAUUGUAGUGCCAAAGCACGCCACUGUUGGACCAAGGAGCGUCGUGUCCUGCUAGUAAAGUCCAAAGCAAAGAAGAAAUGGGUGUUUGUUCGACCGCUGCCUUCCAUCCGCAACUUCCCUCAGCAAUAUGAUCUAUGUAUCCAUGCCCAAAAUGGGAGGAAGUGCCAGUAUGUUGGAAACUGCUCUUUUGCCCACAGCCCUGAGGAGAGAGAGAUGUGGACCUUCAUGAAAGAAAACAAGAUUCUGGACAUGCAGCAGACCUAUGACAUGUGGCUGAAAAAACAUAACCCUGGGAAACCAGGCGAGGGUACACCUCUUACGUCAAGGGAAGGGGAGAAACAGAUCCAGAUGCCCACGGACUAUGCUGACAUGAUGGGGUACCAUUGCUGGCUUUGUGGAAAGAAUAGCAACAGCAAGAAGCAAUGGCAGCAGCACAUCCAGUCCGAGAAGCAUAAAGAAAAAGUCUUCACGUCUGACAAUGAUUCUAGUUGCUGGAACUACCGUUUCCCCAUGGGCGAAUUCCGUCUAUGUGAAAGAUCCCAGAAGGCAAAACCCUGCCCUGAAGGAGAGAAAUGUCGCUUUGCUCAUGGCCAGGAUGAGUUGAGCGAGUGGCUGGAUCGAAGGGAAGUAAUGAAGCAGAAACUGGCCAAAGCCCGCAAGGAUAUGCUGCUGUGCCCCAGAGAUGACGACUUUGGCAAAUACAACUUCCUAUUGCGAGAUAGCAUGUAAUUGCUUGGAAAAAGCAAGCAGAUUUUCAGAGACCGGAGUGGGGAGGAGCAGGGCAAUGCCAGAGAGACUGGUAAUUGUUCAACAAGAACAACAGUUACUUCUGCUGUAAGAUAAUCAAGAUGAUUUACUGAUAUUGAAUGGAAUUAUGAAUCGAUUCAUCUAUAGCCGGUGAACAUGAUCCUCCUAGAGUUUUGUUUUCUAUCUUUUCCUUUAAUUUCCCCCCCCAAUCUACCACCUCCAACAUCUUUUUCUCUUUUUUUUUAUUUUAAAGAUGUGUUUGCAGUGUUGGUAUAUGUAUGAAAGAGAGAGAAAGUACUUCUCAUUUUUGAAUCCUUUCUUUGGGCUGGCUGGUUUUGUUGGGACAUUGCAGUGUCAUGGAAACAGAUGCAGAAAAAAGUGGAGAAGUGAGGAAGAAGUGGGGUGUUGUUCAGUGUAGGUGUCUGUGUAGUGUUGUGUGUCUCUUCUCUACAGACACCCAAACCACUGUGUAAGUGGUCUGUGAAGUAAGUAAUACAACAACUGUAAUUUUGAACACCCCUAAAUCAGACUGGUUUAGAGACUACUCUAGUAGUUAUUGUGAAUAACAGUAAAAGAAGAUUCUUUUUCUCUCCUAUGUUUUCUAAAUCCAAUCCUAUCCUCCACUUGGAUUCCCCAAGAAUUUCUGUCAGGUGAGAGAGGGCAGUGGAUUGAUUCCUAACUCUGCCAUUAUGCAUCUUGAAAAAUAAUCAGCAGGUUGUCUUUGGAGACAAAGACAAUUUUUUCCAUGUUUUUUUGAAAAAUAAAAUAUAUAACAGAUUAUUUAAUUGCGCCCCCUCCCCAUUUAUUGAAGCAUAACCCUGAAGAUCUUAUUUCCCACUUAAAGUUGCCACAAUUCUACAGGUUGGCCUUCGCCUCUCUAUAAAGGUCACUUUUAUAUUCUGGGGUUCAACAUUUGCUUAAGAAAUUUAAUAUUUGAGGAUCGUGAAGAAAGUCUGUUCAAUUGUUAUGGGAAGUUUGUCAAUUUUACCUUGGGGGUGCCUUCUGCUCGAAGUAAUAUGCAACUUGGCUACCUGGAUGCAGAUUUUUGUUUGCAGAGACCUGCGGGGGGGGUAGGGUGGGGGGUUGAUAAUGAAAAUGGCCAGAAACAAUUUAAAGGGAUUUUAUACUGCUGCUCAGUAGUUUGGGAUAAAAUGUUGCUAUUUAGAGAAUGUCCAUAUUAUAAAUCUGGCUAUAUCAAAGAAAAUGAGGAGGCAUGAAACUGUUGUCGUUUAGAAACUUGGCACCCUAUAACUAGAAGUGUAACCUUUCUUAAAAUGAAAGUUAGAAUUGAAGAGGACAAAAAGUUUGGCGGUGGGGGAAGGUUUAAUCCAAAAGAGAAACUAAUUUUUAAACUGCAUCUGCAUCUUUAAUUGAGAUUGCACAGAAGGAGAUCAUGAUAUUCCUCUAAUCUAUUUUUUUCAAAACUAAUAGAAUCCUAAUAUCAGAAAAUAGCCUCCAGUAGCAAGAACAUAUGACAUCAACAUAUGAAGAACAUGUGAAAUUCUAUCCCUUUUCUCAGAUAGAGAACAAAAUUUCUAGAAUACAGUAAGAUCUUUUAUAUAUUGAUCAUAUUUAAUAUACUUUUGACGUGAAUUUUCAGAGACUAUAAUCUGAAGUACACUUAUUAGGAGUCGAGUCCCAUUAAAUUCAGUGGGACUUCUUCUGUGUUUUAGGAUUGGGUUGUCAUGUCUGUAAAAAGUUAAAUGAUGUGAAUAUAUGACAGAAUUAUUUUGAAUGGGAAUUAAAUAAAUAAAAAGCAUGCUCUCUAAUGUUGGGACACUGAGUGGUGGCCCUGUUCAUGUGGAUAAGGGAGCAAAUGAUCCAUAAUGUGUGGUUCGAAGUAAAGAUGUUAUGGAUAUUUUGCAGACUAAAAUGCUCAGUAUUUGUGCUGAACGUUGUGAUUAGCCUAGUUGCUAUAAUUCUCCUUGGGGUCUAGGAGGGAAGGCAGUAGUGCAUGUAGUUCAGAUGGAUACACAGUGUUGAUCCAUAGGAUAGUGCAUACUUGCUUUAUGUUUUGCAAACAAUGCUAUUGUGUGAUCCCAAUGGGAGAUUUCACACUGAUUCUUAUCUAUCUGGGAUCUGCCAUAUUGGUUACAUUAUCCAUUUUCCUGUCUUUUUCAAGACGUUUUAAUAUUUUGGUAAAUUUUAUCUCCCCACCCUUGCUAUUAAAGUAAUAAAGAUGAAGAGGACAUCCCCCUCAUUUGGAAAGGCUCAAAUAGUUGUCUUAAAAGUAGGAAGUGGGGCAAGCAGGGGACUAUAAUAUCAGUGGGUCAGGGAUCUCUGGAAACAUUCCCCCCCUUCAUCCUGUUCUUUUUGAUUAUCAGAUCCCUCACUACUGUCUCACUUUUGUCAGCAGACAUUUGACCUUUAUGCUUAAUUAACCCACUUUUACAGAUUAUAAAAUCAACUUAAAUGUUAGCUGCUCUUUGUAUAAGCACAAACAGCUACUGAUUUAUGGACAAAUUCAGUUUAUCUCUGAAGAACACAUGUAGGUGCUUUUUUCCAUCUUCCAAUGGAGGGAUUUGCAGAGGCAAGAUGGAAUGGGUGUGCGUGUGCACCAAUGAACAUCAGUCACAUUCCCAACCACCUCCUUUCAGUGGAAUCCAAAUCUAUUUUGCUUGAAGGCUGUGAGUUGCUUCCAAAAGUUAUCUUCCUCUGGAGAAAGUACACCUUUGGCUGAAAAACUAUGUUGUGAAGCAAGUGCACACUGCACAUUCCCCCAUUUUUGAGAAAUUUCAGAUCAUGUUAUGUGCUUUCCAUUGUCCAGGAUUUUUAUAAAAAAAGAGUGGAGAUCUGUCUCCUGUCUUACCAGUUUAAUACUCUUUAUUAAUGUAACCCUGAACUAAACACAGUAACAAGAAUCCAACUGCAGUUAAAUGAGCCAAAUCAUCCCUUUCCCAUCUGCAGACGUUUUGAACAGUUGCCUGUUGGCUGCUGUAACCAUCAUGUUUUUGAGCUAUUGGUCCUGUAUCAGAAAAUUCCAAUAAGAGCAUUUGACAUCAGCUUCCAAGGUUAAACUUGGACAGGUAGUAAAGAACUCAAAUAAGAAAUGGAUGUUUAAGUAUGUUAAACUAUCUGCAUCUAGAAAUGUAACAAUAAGUGUAUGUUCUGCCAUAACUUUUUGGUACUGUAUAUGAAUUUAUUUAGAUUAUGGGGUGGGGCGAUGUUUCCUUUCCUCUUUAAUUAAAAAAAUGAACUACUCUGUGGCCCUUUUAACCCCAGUCAAGUUCUGCUUGGAUGGGGGAGAAAGGAGCACGUGGUUUAUAGAAGCAGAGCAGGGGGUGGGGCGCACGUAUUCCUAGGCAUUGCAAUGAAAAUCAACUUUCGUUUUUUCCUGAUAUGAUAACCUGAUAUGUGGUGUUGCAGUAUUUUGUCACCAGACUUGUUCUAGUGUGUAUAUAUGUAACCCUUCCAUUAAACAUAUAUACACAGGUAUUAAAUAUAUCACUCUAUAUAAUAUUAUAUAUGUAUGUGGUAUUGAAAGAAUCUUUUUCUUGAGGGUUAAGGAAAAGGACUCUAGCUGGGGAAUGCAGCAUCUCUCAGUGAAAUAAAGCUGAUGUAAGGAGGGAAGGAAUAUUUCUAUUAGAAUUUUUUUUUUAAAUCUCUUGUAUUGAGAGAGGAUUAUUAUCACAGUGAUGAAUUCACCCUUUAUAAUGGUCUGUCAGCCCAAUCCAUGGAAACCUUAAAUGUUUAGCUAAUGUAUAAUGUAUUUAAAUCUUUUGUUGAGAAAAGAGACAUUGUCAAGGGCAGGAGGUCUUACACUGUCUUCCUAAGGUUUCCUCGUCCCAUCUAUGGGAUUAUUUAUAUGUGCUAUUCCAUCCUGUUAUAGCCAUUGCACUAGCAUUUCUACAAUAAUUUAAAGAGUAAGUCCAGUGCUCCAGAAUGCCUGAAGGAAACCAGCAUUUGAGUGACUACAAUAAAUGAGCUGGUAGGAGAGAGAUUUUCGGAAAGCAAACACAUCUGAAAAUAAUAACAAAAUUAGGUCAUUGGUGUGUGUGUGUGUGUUCAAUAUGUGCUUCAAAACAUCUUGGCAAUGCCUCUUUCUCGAAAUAAAAGAAAGUAAUUUGAUCACCAUUUAAGAUGCUGAACAGAAGUAGGUAGGGCUCCUUACCCAGACUCAAAGUGAAGAGAGGGAGGUAUAUAGUGGAAUAGAAUGCUGGUUAACCAGGCCUUUACCCAGACGAUUGUUAAGAAAUGUAGCGACUUAAAGGAAAGCCAUGAAGGGGGAUGCUUUGUUUCUAAGCUGGACUUGUAAUAAGUUGAAGAGUCCUUCAAAAUGUCUUUGUAUUAAUAUAUUUUAAGAAUACCACGCUUUACUAUUACAAAGAAGUUCAUAGUACCUUUCACAAGGUCUGGUAUGAAGAUAAUAAUGUAGAUGUUCUAACAACAUUCUUGUUCCUAACAAGACAGAUUUGCUUCUUUUAGCCUUUGUAAUAGAAAAUAAAAGUGUGCACUUUAAACCCUCA